GUCUCCUUGCGCGUUCCCGUGCGUGCGCACCUCCUGCUAUCCGAUCCAACCCCCGUCUAUUCGCUGACUCAGUGCCUUAAGCAGCAUCACCGUUCACCAGGACAGAGCUACAGCAUCCUCUGUGGAGAAAUACAUCAGCCAUGGCCAAAACAGCGACCGCAUACAAAGAGAAGAUGAAGGAGUUGUCUGUCCUCUCCCUCAUCUGCUCCUGCUUCUACCCAGAGUCGCGCAACAAGCUCGUGUGCGAGUUCGAAGACAUGGAGGUGAAGGCUAUAGACAAGCGGGCCUCAGGACAGGCCUUCGAGGUGAUUCUCAAGCCGCUGUCUCCGGUGUCCGAUGUUGCCCACAACCUGCCCUCGCCUCCGAAGAGGGACAUCUCCUUGGAGGACAUCGAGAAGAAACUGGAGGCCGCUGAAGACCGGAGGAAGUACCAAGAGGCCCAGGUGCUGAGGGCUUUGGCGGAGAAGCGCGAGCACGAGCGGGACGUGUUGCUAAAGGCCAUGGAGGAGAACAGCAACUUCAGCAAGAUGGCCGAGGAGAAGCUGCAGCUGAAGAUGGAGCAGAUCAAGGAGAACCGCGAGGCCUAUCUGGCAGCUUUGCUCGAGCGUCUGCAGGAGAAGGAGAGACAUGCAGCCGAGGUGCGCAGGAACAAAGAGCUGAGGGAAGAGCUGACAGCAUGAGCCUCACAUGAGUCCAUCCGAGUCCCUCCAUCUCCCCCCUUCCUCCUUGCCCUGCCCUCACCCUCUCCGUAACAGACACUCAACCCCGGGAGGCCGAGAGGUUCGAGGACCUCACCAACCACCACCAACACACCACGACACACCAUUACCACCACCACUACUAUCAGUAUUAUCAGUGGAUACAAACACUCAUCUUGAGAAUUGAAUGGGUUUGUUGAUUUUAGAGAAAAAUGCAAGAGUAUGGCUUUUAUUUUGUAAAUACUUUUUUCUAUCUGUCUAUCAUUUAUCUAUCUAUCUAUCUAUCUAUCUAUCUAUCUAUCUAUCUAUCUAUCUAUCUAUCUAUCUAUCUAUGAUAGUAAGUGGAGUACAUGUGCAUCUAUGGUGCUGUACUCCACCGUACAAUUUCAAACAUUCUGUUUGUCAUUGAUUUAACGUUUCAGUUCUUGAAAUUUGACUCGACAACCAUUUUCUUUGUGAAAGCCGUCGGUGUUGUGAGCUGGCUGUAGACGCACGUUUGCAGUGUUUCCUGAUGAUGUCAUGAUGAUGAUGAUGUUUCCGUGUUUCUUUUUGUGAAAAAGGGCGACGGUCGGUGUACGUAGACUGCAGGCUCCUCGAGAUAUCUCGUAUCUGUAUCCUACUCUCACGCACACACACACACACACACACACACACACCUACUCAUCCCCCUGAACACGCACGCUUGGAAACAACAAUAGGCCACAGAUUCUGUAAAGCGUCCACCUCUUCUUCAAACGAGCUCGAUAACAACGAACUUGAUAGGUGCUUUAUUGUUAUUUACGAAUGUCUUUGCCCAAUGGGAGCAACUGUUUCUACACUUGCAGAUUUCCACCUGACCCCGACGGCGCCCAAUUUUUCAACCAAGCCAAACCGAUAGCUCUGUUAAGAACACAGUAUUUGGGGACGAAUCUUAUAAAUUUAAUGAAUGUUAUGACGCCAUACUGGUAUCAUGCAUAGUGUCUUGGACAGUGGAAUGUGCCCCCAUCUUGAUAUUGAUAGUGUGAACAUAACGUAUGUCUGUGCGGGUGUGUGUGAAUGCAGAUUUACCUUGAGGCAUCAUGAGCAUCUGGGAUUAGAUAGAGAGUGGAUGCGGGAUGCUUUGACAUUCAGCACACAGAACUAGUCUCUUUUUAUUCUACAGUACCACUGAUAUCUGCCUGCAUCCUCUGCUGCUUGUGUUUCUUCCUUCAUAUAUUUCUCUGUGAAAGCUUUGCUGAAUAAAGGUUUGGGGUUCUGUGAACAUGGCAUGCACCAUCUAAUACUUUUUUGUUCUGUGCAAAAAGAAGAGAGAAGGGAAAAUGUAAACUGCCAAAAUAAAAGAACCGGUUAUCUACACAUCCUGAGAA